CCAGUGUGUGGAGAUGAGUGUUGAUGGGCCAGACUCCGAGGAGUGUGCAGCGCAGCCUGCGAAGCCCAUGCUGCACCACAGGAUCGCCUCUCACCUGCAACAUGGACGGCCGCUGAGUCACAGAGGCCGACCCGAGGUCAUCACGAGGAGCACAAGCUUCAACUUCCGCAGCCCAGCUUAUGCAGAUGACGUUACCAGAACCCCACGGCCUUCAGAACCAGAGCUCUGGAGAUCUAAAACGUGGAAUCCUAAGAAGCGAAGUCAGAGCCUUGACUUGAGGCGACGGAAGGAGAGUGGAUUCCUGACUCCGGACGCCUGGAUCGACUCUCUCAGUCAGGAGAACUGCUCUGUUUCGCCUUCCAGCCCACCCGACCCUCUGUUCAGGAAACCUCAGAGCUCUCCACCUAGAAAGAUUUCCAAAUCUCCUACGAAUUCUCCUCCUGCCACCCAAGCUGCCUUCCAUCCACCUCCCGCUGUGGACCCUUUAUCUCCCAUGAGCAGUUUGGAAACGCCCGUCCCAGAUCCGGGCGUGGCCUGCCACUACGAGCCAAGAGGAGAGGAGCCACCUUUCCUAAAUGCUGCCAAAUGGCCCGUGGCCUACCAGGAGGGUGUGAAAGAGGCAGAGGGUUACACGGAGGCCACCAGCGACGAGUCCAUAAGCCUCCCGCCCAACAACAGCGAUCAGGGGUUGCUGGAAGCGGAGACAGGAGGUUUAGAGGGGGUGGCGGAUUCCGGCGGCAGCUACAGCAGUUACGCCAGCAGCGGCCGAGGCAGCAUGGAGACCGCCACCGGACAACUCUCCGUGGGUCAACUCCCGCCGGCGCUCAGCAGCUCACCUGAGACUGUAGACGACACGCACAGCCACCAAAUGGAAGCAAGCCAAAGGAGAAAGGCCUCUGUGGAUGAGAACUAUGAGUGGGAUGCAGCUGAUAUCUGCCCACAGCCCGGAGACCGUGACGGCCUGCUUCCUUCAUUGAAUCUACUGAAGCCAGCCCCGCACUGUAGCCUUCCCAGCAUGCAGUGCUCCGGCGAGGAACUGAAAAAUUGCACUCGGCUUUCUCUGCUCCCGGGGCAUCAAAGCAGCUGCUCUGCUGAGCCAGAACCAGACACUGUGCUGUUCUGACAGCGCCAGCCUUCGGCUCAUCUCACCUGGUGUGUCCUUUCACUUAUUGACUCGCAUCACGAGGCGACAAAGCGUGCACGUGGCAGAAAGUGAGUUUCGCUGUGAUCAAUCUUUUUCCCCCCCUUG